CAUGGAACUAGUGCUGUGGUAAAGUUUUGUUUGUGAAAAACCCCACAUCCAAACGUGUUCUUUCUCACCAGACCAGAGAACAGGCUUUAUGUCCACUUUAAAAACAACGACAUAGUUUAAUUUCUUUGUCCAUUUUGGUGGAGCAGGAAACUCCCUCUUAUCUGAGCUCCUCCUGACAAUAGCAGUGCUGUUUUCCAUGUCACUGUGAAGUCAGACCUUCAGACAAACAGCACUGUAGCCAUGAGCCAUUCAGCUGAGGAGCUGUUAAUCAUCUAUGAAUCGGAGGCAGAACAAUGGGCCACCUAUUUGCAUUCAGUCUUCUCCGGUCCAAUCUCAGAGGCUGGGAUCUGCUGCUAUGACAUCGCCACAGUGUCCAGCCGGCAGGACGACUUCCUCAGGCUGGCCCAUUACACCUGCAAGCUCCUGAUCCUUUCCAAGGGCAUGCUGGAGGGUCUGUGCCAGAAGCGGCGCUUCUUCCUGGCCCGUGUAUUGCGUCCUGCAGCUCAUGUGGUGGUGCUGCUGUGUGGGGUGGAGAGUCUGACCCCACUGCUGGAGCUGGUGCCCCUGAACGGUGACGAGUGCCUGAAGGUCUCCAGUGAACAAGAUGCUCAUGAGUACCUGUCCACUGUGACAGAUAUUGUGAGAAAAGGUGCAUUAGCCUCAGCGGCAAAUGUCAACCCCUUUACACGUAAACUAUUGGGAUCAGAGCAAAAGGUGGAACAAAUGCAGUCAACUGGAGCCCACAGUGUCAGAUCCAGCAUUGUGGCCGUUCCCUCCAGAGUUCCAUGUGGGAGCUCUAUGGAAGUGUUCAUUCUUUUGAAAAAUGAGUCGGCUGGCAGCGACACUGAGCUGGAGUUCACUGGUGAGAAUCAGACGCUGAGACUGAAGCCUGUCUGCUGGAAUGAGCGGAUCCUAUGUGUCAAUGCACCAGAUUUUCCAGCAGGAUAUGUAAGAGUGACUGUGUAUAGCAAUGGGGUGCCAUUGAUCAAGACACAGCUGCAGUACUACAGCAACAUGGAGGAAAUAACCUGCCUUCUGGCAAAGGCAGCAGACCCUGUAGAUUUCAUGUGUCAGGCUCUUCAGGAGUCCUCUGUGGAGAAGCUGGAUCAGAAGUUGUCCUCCAUGUUGUUGGAGGGCAUGCCCACAGGAGGAUUUCGGGGACUGCAGUGUGAAAACAUACCUGAAAGAGAGCUUCACCAUGCAGAUGCACCAUCGCUCCUCCACUUUGCUGCCCAGUAUGGAUUCAAGAGCGUCGCCAGCCUGCUCCUGCAGUGUCCAGGUGCUGAGCGAGCACUGCACACCGCCAACCGCCAUGGACAGACUCCCACCCAGAUUGCCAAGAGCCAUGGCCAUACAGAGCUUCACAUCUUAUUGAAGGAAACACUGAAUACGUUCAACUCAGGCAAGGACAAUGGUGAUGCCAGUGUGUACGAAAUGAUGUGCACUGCAGCACAUCAUUAUGCUGGGUUGCUGUUCAUUUCACCACGGCCUGAGAGCACCCAAGGGAUGGAGAGCGGAACCCCUUACAUCACCCAAGUGUUCCAGAAGAAGAAGACACCGCAGCACAAUGCUGAUCUGUAUUCACUUCCCACUAAACAAGCACACGGGCGAGAAAACAUCUCUUGCACCUAUGAUACCUUUGUGCCAAACCAGAUAAACGGGCUCCAGCAGCUCAUUGAGCUCCAGCAGAGGGUGAAGGCAGGUUCACUCACUGUGGACGGGGCCCUGGAGCGCUUCAGUGACUGGCAGCGGGUUCAGAAGGGCAUGGAUGGCGUCCAGCAGGAAAAGUUGAGUCAGCUCAGAGCCAGUAUCGUCAACAACGGAGAGGAUGAUGACAGUGUCUAUGAUAAAAUCAACAUCGUUCAUCACACGCCAAGUGUUACAGUGAGUGAAAGUCGAAGAGGAAGCAAAGCAGUGGAGUCUGAUUUUUACAGCAAGCCAUUUAAAGGACAUCAUUCAGGUUUCUUCUCCAAAGCUGACAAACGGUGAAGGCUCCAUCAAUCUACAAAGAUGCUAUUCUUCCACCAAUUAUAUCCGGUUUAAUCUGUUUGAAUACAUAAUCUGUCAUUUUUAUUGUAUUAUUAACAAAGUUUUGUAUGUCAAAGUAAUAAGAAGUGAAAUUACU